AUGUCCUCUUCUUUUUCUUCUCCUUUUACUUGCUCUCAGUCUUUAUCUUCUCUCACCCGCCCCUUAAUCUCCUUCAAGCCAAGGGUGAGUUUUCCAGUGAGGAGGGUUGCAAGUAGAUUUUUGGUGCAAAAUGGGGUUUCGCCAAGAGCUUUCAUGUCAACUAGUGUAGCAACUGAAUCACAACAAGAAAGCGCGAGCUCGAAAGCUUACGGGUCUGAUCAAAUUCAGGUGUUGAAAGGAUUAGAACCUGUGAGGAAAAGGCCAGGGAUGUACAUUGGAAGCACAGGACCCCGUGGUUUGCAUCAUUUGGUUUAUGAAAUAUUGGACAAUGCUAUUGAUGAGGCCCAAGCAGGAUACGCUUCAAAGAUAACGGUUGUUCUGCACACAGAUAAUUCUGUCAGUAUUACUGACAAUGGGCGUGGGAUUCCUACUGACUUGCAUCCAGUGACAAAGAAAUCUGCCUUGGAGACUGUCUUAACGGUCUUACAUGCUGGUGGCAAAUUUGGUGGUUCUAACAGUGGAUACAGUGUCUCUGGUGGGCUACAUGGUGUGGGUUUAUCUGUUGUCAAUGCUUUGUCUGAGGAACUAGAAGUUACAGUUUGGCGUGAUGGAAAGGAAUACCAACAGAAAUAUUCUCGUGGAAACCCUGUGACAACUCUAGUAUUUUCUGAACUUCCGGUAGAAUCAAAAGAUCAUAAAGGGACUCGCAUCAGAUUUUGGCCUGACAAAGAAGGGACCUUUAGAGGAGUUUCUGGUGUUCAACAGUAUUUUGUGCCUCAUUAUCCAGCUCUCAAUGUUAUAUUCACCACUGAGAUUCAGUUUGACUACAACACAAUUGUUGGACGGGUUAGGGAGCUUGCAUUUUUAAACCCAAAGCUUACUAUUUCUUUGAAAAAAGAGGAUAAUGAUCCAGAGAAGAAUCAGUAUGAUGAACAUUUCUAUGCAGGUGGAUUGGUUGAAUAUGUGAAUUGGCUAAAUACUGAUAAGAAACCGCUUCAUGACAUUGUGGGUUUCAGAAAAGAAGUAGAUGGAAUUGCAGUUGAUAUGGCUCUCCAGUGGUGUUCUGAUGCUUACUCAGAUACAAUCCUGGGAUAUGCUAAUAGCGUACGUACUGUUGAUGGUGGAACGCAUAUGGAUGGUGUAAAGGCUUCAUUAACAAGAACUCUCAAUAACCUAGGGAAAAAGUCAAAGGCCAUUAAGGAUAAGGAUAUUAGUUUAAGUGGUGAACAUACAAGGUUGGGAAAUCCAGAGGUGCGGAAAGUGGUAGAGCAAUCUGUUCAGGAGUAUCUUACUGAAUAUUUGGAGUUGCAUCCUGACGUUCUUGAUUCAAUCCUAUCAAAGUCUCUAAAUGCCCUUAAGGCAGCUUUGGCAGCAAAGAGGGCAAGGGAAUUGGUGAGACAAAAAAGUGUGUUGAAAUCAUCAUCUCUUCCAGGAAAACUGGCUGAUUGCUCUUCUACAGAUCCUGAAGAAUCUGAAAUUUUUAUAGUUGAAGGAGAUUCAGCAGGAGGGAGUGCCAAACAAGGCCGUGAUCGACGCUUUCAGACCAGUUUUAUCAUCCCAAGUGAGUUCAAAUUCAUUUGGGAUAGUGGUGCUGGUGUUUCUGAUUGUACCGCCAUUCUCCCUUUGAGGGGUAAAAUUUUGAAUAUAGAAAGAAGAGAUGAGGCGGCAAUGUACAAGAAUGAAGAGAUCCAAAAUCUUAUACUUGCCCUUGGACUUGGAGUAAAGGGAGAGGAUUUUAAAAAGGAUGCUCUACGUUAUCAUAAGAUCAUCAUCUUAACAGAUGCUGAUGUGGACGGUGCUCAUAUCCGAACACUUCUGCUGACUUUCUUCUUUAGAUAUCAGAGAGCUUUAUUUGAUGAAGGCUGCAUUUAUGUUGGUGUGCCUCCCCUCUAUAAGGUUGAGAGGGGAAAGCAGGCUUACUAUUGUUUUGAUGAAACAGAACUCAAAAAGAUUCAAAGUUCAUUCCCUCAAAAUGCAUCAUACAACAUUCAGAGGUUCAAAGGCUUGGGGGAAAUGAUGCCUGCACAGCUAUGGGAAACAACCAUGGAUCCAGAGCAGAGGCUGCUCAAACAAUUAGUAGUUGAAGAUGCAGCAGAGGCCAAUGUCGUCUUUUCAUCCCUUAUGGGUACCCGGGGCCAUAUACCAAAACCAGUUAAACAUGAUGUUAGAGGCGAUGUUUGGAAGACCUUUCCAUCUGAAUUGCCAAUUGUGGAUGGGCGCAAGGAACUUAUUCAGAAUGCAGCAAGCAUGAUUAACGUUGAUCAUUUGGACAUCUGA